UCCCAGGAGGGGAGGGGCUGGCCGCGCCCAGGGCCAGAGCCCAGACUGCCCCGCUGCAGUCGGCCAAGCUCCAGUGCCGGGGCCUGGGCGGGGGUCGGUCACCUCGCGGGUCGAGGGCGAAGGCCAGGCUCCGUGCUCCCUCGGGGUAGCAGAGCUGCUGCGGGGCGCGCGGCACCGGGUUCCGCGCCUGCCGGGUGAAGUCGGGCUCGGCACCUCCGCUUCGGGUGCAGGGCGGCGGGAGCGGACGGGGCGGACGGCGGCUGACGGGCGGGAGACCUGCGAGAUCUCGGGUCUCCCCCGUCCGGGACGAGACCCGGAGCCCGGCCUAGCGCCUUUGCGGGGCGCGGAGAGCGGGGCUAGGGGACCAACACCAGGGCCACCCCGCUAACGGUCCGCCGCCUCCGCAGACCCGGAGGACGCCGUUUCCAGGUUCGCACCGCUCUCCGUCCGACAGCCACGAUGCCUUUACCCGCGCCACGCUCCCUGCGCCUGGACCGCGCCUGACCGCCUGCCGCGCCAUGGUUGCGCCCAAGAACUGUGACAGGGACCGAGUGGCCUCCACCCUCCGCUACUGCAUGAUGGUCAGCGGCAUGGUGACUCUGGUGGCUGGGACACUCUGCUUCGCUUGGUGGAGUGAAGGGGAUACAGGUGGUCAAGCCAACCCGUCGGCCCCACCCACUGCGCACCCCACGCCCGAGUCCCCCAGACCUCUGCUCAGGUCCAUCAGCUUCUUCUGCUGCGGGGCAGGUGGCCUGCUGCUGCUCCUUGGGCUGCUGUGGUCCUGCAAGUCCAGCAUCUGGGGGCCACCCCCAUGGGACCCGUAUCAGCUCUCCAGAGACCUGUACUACCUCCCUGUGGAGCCCUUGGAGAAGGAGAGCUUCAGGACCCCAAAGCUGGUUGCCAUCCCCACCUACGAGGAGGCGGUGCACUGCGCACUGGCUGAGGGGCCCCUGGCACCCCCUGCAGACCCCACGGGGGAAGACCGGACACGGAGUGCCUCCCGGGCUGCCCUGCUCGGAACCCAGCCCGCCUCGCCUCCGCCCAGCUACGACGAGUGCGUCGUCCUGGCUGCCGACGCUGUCCCUGGAGAGACAGUACUUGGUGCUGCCCCACCGGUUGAGGCCGCAGCAGGAGGAAGUUAAAGGUCCUCACCAGGCUCUGAAUCCAGAGACAAAUCCUGAGCUUCUUCUAGUGUCCAACACAGUGCCUGGUUCACAGUAGGCGCUCAAUAGAUGUUAGUUUCUCAAUGCUGUUUUACUUACCUAUUGCUGUGUAACAAAUGGCCUAAA